CAUUUCAUGUGCUCUAACUGACACGCACAUCUCUACUCUCAGCCACACCUCUUCUUCUCUCUCCCUCCUUCUCUCUCCUUUCACCGUCGUCAUCCGUCCUUAGCUUAUCAACCUUCCUCUCUUUACAUUCAUUUUGCUCUCUCCCUUCUUCCUGCUCUUUAAUAUCUACAACUCCCUCCCAUGGUUUCUCUCUAUGACCAAUCAUGCCCGCUCUCUUCUCUCUCCCUAGGUGCUUGGGAAGUUAUUGUCAGAGCAGCAGCGGCGGAGGGGACAGUGGCCUCGACGUCGUCGCCGAUGACACUAGUCCAAACGCCAAUUCGUCCGUCGAGUGCUAUGCCUGUACUCAGGUGGGUGUUCCCGUCUUCCACUCCACCAGCUGCGACAGCUAUCAUCCGCCGCAAUGGGAGGCUUCCGCGGGUUCUUCCUUAGUCCCUAUCCAGAACAGAACCGCGGUGAGGAAUCCGAGGCAACGACCCAAAUCGGGGCCGUUCGGUCGACUGUUGGACCCGAGGAGCAAGCGCGUGCAGACCUGGAACAGGGCUCUGCUGCUGGCGAGAGGGUUGGCGCUGGCGGUGGACCCGUUGUUCUUCUACGCGCUGUCAAUUGGGAGGGACGGGACGCCGUGCCUGUACAUGGACGGCGGUUUAGCGGCGAUAGUGACGGUGCUGAGGACGUUGGUGGACGUGGUUCACGUGUUCCACGUGUGGUUGCAGUUCAGGCUGGCGUACGUGUCGAAGGAGUCGAUGGUGGUUGGGUGUGGGAAGCUGGUGUGGGACGCGCGUGCCAUAGCAGCGCAUUACCUGAGGUCAUUCAGGGGCUUCUGGUUCGACGCCUUUGUGAUACUUCCUGUUCCUCAGGCGGUGUUUUGGCUUGUACUCCCAAAGUUGAUAAGAGAAGAGCAAAUUAAAAUCAUAAUGACUAUAAUGCUAUUGAUCUUCCUGUUUCAAUUUCUGCCCAAGGUUUACCACAGCAUCUGCAUGAUGAGGAGGAUGCAAAAAGUCACGGGCUAUAUCUUCGGCACCAUUUGGUGGGGCUUUGGCCUCAACCUCAUAGCUUACCUUAUUGCUUCUCAUGUAGCAGGAGGGUGUUGGUAUGUGCUUGCAAUUCAACGUGUAGCGUCGUGCCUGAGCCAGCAGUGUGAAAGAGGGUAUGGAUGCGAUCUCCCUCUGUCAUGUUCAGAUGAAGUGUGUUACAAGUUUCUGUCACCAACAGGCACAGAAGGAACUUCAUGUAAUGGAAACUUCACAGUCGUCGCAAGAAAGCCAUUGUGUUUAGAUGUGAAAGGACCUUUUAAAUAUGGGAUCUACCAAUGGGCUCUCCCGGUCAUUUCCAGUAACUCUCUGGCUGUCAAGAUUCUUUAUCCCAUAUUUUGGGGUUUGAUGACCCUCAGCACUUUUGGCAACGAUCUUGAGCCCACAAGUAACUGGCUAGAAGUGAUUUUCAGCAUUUGCAUCGUACUCAGCGGACUAAUGCUCUUCACUCUGUUGAUUGGUAACAUCCAGGUAUUCUUGCACGCAGUAAUGGCGAAGAAAAGAAAGAUGCAGCUGAGAUGUCGUGACAUGGAAUGGUGGAUGAGGAGGAGGCAGCUUCCGUCCCAUUUAAGACAGAGGGUUCGCCAGUUUGAACGCCAGCGAUGGGCAGCAAUGGGAGGAGAGGACGAAAUGGAAUUGAUCAGGGACCUUCCUGAAGGAUUGAGGAGAGACAUCAAGCGUUAUCUUUGCUUAGACCUCAUCAAAAAGGUACCUCUGUUUCACAACUUGGAUGAUCUUAUCCUUGACAACAUCUGUGAUAGGGUUAAACCCCUAGUCUUCUCUAAAGACGAAAAGAUAAUCAGGGAAGGGGACCCAGUGCCAAGAAUGGUAUUCAUAGUCCGCGGGCGCAUAAAACGCAUGCAAAGCCUAAGCAAAGGCAUGGUGGCCACCAGCAUAAUCGAAGCUGGGGGUUUCUUGGGGGACGAGCUUCUCUCCUGGUGCCUUCGCCGGCCGUUCCUCGACCGACUUCCGGCAUCGUCCGCCACGUUCAUAUGCCUGGAAUCGGCAGAAGCCUUUGGGUUGGAUUCAACUCACCUCAAGUACGUGACGGACCACUUCAGGUACAAGUUUGCCAACGAGAGGCUGAAGAGAACGGCGAGAUAUUACUCAUCGAAUUGGAGAACGUGGGCUGCCGUGAACAUACAGUUUGCAUGGCGGCGAUACAGGCAGAGGACAAGAGGUCCGGUGACCCCUGUAAUCGAAGCUGGAGGAAGCAGUAGCGCUGAACGCAGGCUCUUGCAGUAUGCUGCCAUGUUCAUGUCAAUAAGGCCACAUGACCACCUUGAAUGAAAAUUUAAAUUAAUUAAAAAUAAAAGAGAAAAUCCCGUUGUUCUUCUUCAA